UAUUCGCUUCUUCCAUCGUCACUGAUGUUAUGGCGGACUACAACAAGCACAGCAGCAAGCGGCUCUCCGAUGAUGGAGCAGGACCGGAGGAGAAGGAAGGCAGUGUGAAAACUAAGACUGUCUCUUCCAGCACUGGAGGAGGGGGGAAACGCUCGGCCCAGGAGGUCAGCCCUGGCCCGGGGAAGGUGUCCACCUCCAGCCACCCGGUACCCCCAGCCCCCAAAGUCUCCAAGAUAGGAUUUGGUCUGAUCAGCCAGCCUAUAAAGAAGCCUGCGCCCAUCUCCAUCAAGCUGGGUGCUAGUAAACCCAAAGAGCCUGUACCUGUACCUGCCAAGAAACCAGCUCUGGCCUCGGUUUUCAAUGUCGACUCUGAUGAUAGUGAGGAGGAGAUGCCUGCAGAAGCCAAGAUGAGGAUGAAGAACAUUGGCAGGGAGACGCCCACGUCAGCAGGCCCCAACUCCUUCAACAAGGGGAAGCAGGGAUUCUCCGACCACCAGAAGCUCUGGGAGAGGAAGCUCAAGUCUCAGACGGACACUGACCAAUAGGGCUCCGCCUCAUUGGUUGUUAGUCACAGUAAGACCAGUAGGGCUCGGCCUUACUGGGUUGCUAAUGACAACAGUCAAACUGCACACCGUGUUUGCUUUUGUGUGGAAUGAUGUCACCUUGAUUGAGUGCUUUUUUCUCUUCGUUUGUCUGUUGACGAUGGUGUAAAAACAAUGUACAUACUGCUAUGUAAUGAUGGUGAGACAUUUGUGCUAUCAAGCAUAUUUUUUGUUUUGUUUUAAACGUGUGUGUGUGUGUGUGUGUGUGUAUGUGUGUGUUAUAUAGCAGACUGGAGUGGGUGUAGUUCAGAGCAAUGAGGAUACAUUUUGGGAAAGGGAACUUCAAGACAACUUAAUAAUAGUUUGACUCAUCUAGGAUAUAUCACUACUUUAUAACAGUCCUAAUAGGGUUUUCAACCCUGGCCUUCCCCUCAGUUAUACACUGUCUGUCAUGCCUUUACAGAGUUGAUCCCAGACAGGAACCAUUUCUUCCGUGUCUGAGGUUGACAUGUAGAAAUAUUCAUAUUAGGACAAUAAAACUUACAUUCAAUUCCAAAAUGAAAUGUAUUUUUUAAUGAUAUUUGUGCAACAACAAAAAAAGCAAUUGAACCACAAUGCACAUACCAGUGUAUCAUAUACAUUCUUCAAAUGCAUAAAUAAUGUAAAGCCUCAAUGACAAUCUUGAUGAUGUUACUGGGUAUAAGAAGAGGAGCGGAGGACAGUAAUUAUCAAAGAUGGUUAUAACUAAACCAAGAUAGACCACACCCUGUCGUUUCAAAGGGGGAAUGAAUGAGCCGUAGUGGGCAGAACAAGUGGAUGCUUCACAUUUAUACACCCGGUGAAAUAUCGGUCUCAUUGUUCUAUCUGUGGUAUUAUAUUCUUUCAAAAUGGAAA